AUGUCCUCUCAAAAGUUGAUCCGCCUUAAAUUAUCUAUUCCCUCUUUAGGAAUUAAUACUGCGAAUUUAGCAAAGGGAAGUCGCCCUUUUGCUACUUUAUACAAUCAGUUAUUGAAGUCAACUCAGUUAAGUCCAACAUUGAAUAAAUCAAAAUCUCAUAAAAAUGGAGAAGUAAUUAAAACGGGAAAUUUCGGAAAGUUCACAAACUAUAAUGUGGCCAUUUCUGGUAAUUCACUUUCAAACCCAGGCGUUCACCGAUUUAUUUCAACAUCGUUAACUUACCUUCUUCAAAAACGAAUGAGCCUUCAAAGGGGGAACAAUAGUCUUCUACUUCCAAAUAUACAAUAUUUUGGUUGGCUGGAAAAAAAGUCAGCAUAUAAAGGAACAACAGAGAAUGUAAAGCAAAUUAAAGGUCAUAGAAGAGUGACUAAUGGGUUCCUGAUGAAAAUCCUACUUGAUAAUGGUACAGAAAUCUGGGAAAGAUCGUCUUUUCUUCGGACUACGCAUCCAUUCCAAUACUAUAGCUACGUUAAAAGAUUUCCGGAGUUACGAUUGGAGAAGAAAUUGCUAAGAAAAAGAGUGGUAUCCAACGACGUAGUAAUCAAAAUUAAGAGUGGUACCAAUAAUAAUUAG